AUGAUCAACGAUCCUAUUUAUAGAAAAUCAUUUCAUCGCAAAACUAUUUUACAUCAAAGUCAAAGAUUUCCCCCACGAGCGGCUCGACAACACCGCAUCAUCAGUUUCAUUCAGUAAUCGCGGCGACUUCGUGUGAAAAGUGUGGUUAGGUAAGCUGGGGGUCAAAAAAUACAAGAAAUACCUCGUACCUGCUAUAUUUCACGUUGUUUUUAAUAGCACCUGCACUUGUACUUGUUGACACCUCUUCUUAUGCACCCAACACAAGAAAUGGCUACGCACAACUCACCUGGAUUCAUCAAAAUGAUGAUACCAAGUGAUGGAAGAUGACGAUGAUUUCUUCGAUACAGUGUCCGUCAAUUCCGCACACGGGAAAAGAAGGUAUCUCAGCUUGUCGAGGAACACGGUCUACCAUUCCCUCAUGGACCUGGACGGUGGCGGAGGGAACGACCUGGAAAUGGCCAGCUUGGACCAAAACAAGGUUGGACCAAAAAGAGUUGUUAAUACGUACGAACAGUGGAAAAAUAGGAGAUGGAGAAAUUUCUCAAGCAGUGACUUGAGCGUCGACUUCGUUCUGGCUUACGACGAUCAAGGUGAACAGGAAGAUGUCGACAAGAGAGUCACGUUCGAGCAAAAUUUGGAGUCUACGGGACUUUUACUGGAGAGAGAAGAGAACCAGAGAAUACAUUUCGUGAAGAUACACGUCCCGAAGGAUGUGACUAUGAGAUUCGCUGAGAUAUUGAAGUUGAGGUUGCCCAUAAAAGAUACAUUCGAUGACAUUGCAAAACGAAUUGAAGAACAAUGUCCUCUUAAGGAUAAUAUAAUAACCAAAACUGCCGUGAAAAUCUUACAAAGAUUCAAUGUGAUGUUAGAUCCCGAAAAGUUUCCUGUCAAGAAAUACCAACUUACAGCCGAGUUUAACAAGGAUAAAAAUUAUUUAUUUGAUAUAGAUGAUCCCGAUUUCUUCAAUACCUCUGUAAAAAUAACUGUAGUCUCGUAUAUAUUAGAACGAGAAAAGUUUGGAAAAGAGGACCAAGAUAAGGGAAUUAAAAGACUGAUAGCUGAAAACGUUUACAAAGCCGCUUAUCCAUUACACGAUGGCGACCUCCACGAUAGAACCUCUCAACGCAAGCUCCUCCUCGACGAAUGGGCCUCCGUGUCGAAGUUCAUCAAGUACCAACCCCUCGACGAAGUCAAAGAAUACUUCGGCGUCAAAUUCGCCCUGUACUUCGCAUGGCUGGGAUUCUACACCCACAUGUUGAUUCCCGCUUCCAUAGUGGGCAUUCUGUGCCUUAUCUACGGUGCUGCAACCCUCAGUUCGGACAGUCUGAGCAGGGACAUUUGUGCUGCCGCGAACGUUACUAUGUGUCCGAGAUGUGAUAAAUUUUGUGAUUACUGGAACUUGCAGGAGAGCUGCACGUACGCGAAAGUGCAGCAUGUGAUCGACAAUCCUGCGACGAUUUUUUUCGCCGUGUUUAUGUCGUUUUGGGGAACUUUGUACCUGGAGCUCUGGAAACGGUAUAGUGCCGAGAUAGCCCACAGAUGGGGCCUCACAGGUUUCGACCUGCAAGCCGAGCCACCCAGACCGGAAUACUUACUAAAGUUAGCCAACGCUAAAAAGAAGAAACUCAACGUCGUUACGCAACUCCAAGAGCCGGUGGUUCCUUUCUGGAGAGUCAAAUUGCCGUCUCUCAUUCUAAGUUUUUCCACAGCUUUCUUCUGUACGCUGAUAACACUCGGUGUAGUGACGGGAGUGGUCGUCUAUAGGAUGUCAAUCGUUACUUCUGACUUUCUCCAUAGUGACAAUACAAGUUAUCGAAUAUACGUAGUGCCUAUAACCGCUGGUCUAAUCAAUUUAACAUGCAUCGUUAUCUUGAACUUCGUCUACGGUAAGUUGGCCCAAUGGCUAACCGAAAUGGAGUUACAAAGAACCCAAACGGAGUUCGAAGAAAGUUUAACGAUCAAAAUAUACAUGUUCCAGUUUGUCAAUUAUUAUUCGUCCAUUUUCUACAUAGCUUUUAUCAAAGGCAAGUUUGUAGGUUAUCCUGCUAAAUACAACAAGAUAUUUGGAUAUCGACAAGAAGAGUGCAAUCCUGGCGGUUGUCUUAUGGAACUAACCAUGCAAUUGGCCAUCAUCAUGAUCGGCAACCAAGCAGUGAACAACGUCAUGGAAACGCUUAUACCAUUAUGUCUAAAGAUGUACAAAACUUUCGUUGUCACUACCGGUAUUGAGAAGACUAAAACUGACGAAGUGACUUUAAUAAGCUGCAAUCAGUGGACGGAAGAUUAUAAGUUGACCGAAGCUGAAAGUAGCUUAUUUAGCGAAUAUUUAGAGAUGGUACUCCAGUAUGGAUUUAUUACCAUAUUCGUGACAGCAUUCCCGUUAGCUCCACUACUAGCGCUAAUCAACAACGUCCUAGAAAUGAGACUGGACGCCAAAAAGUUCAUAAAAUAUUACAGAAGACCAGUGCCUCAACGCGUCAAAAAUAUCGGAGUAUGGUAUUCCAUCCUGGCGUUCAUCGGCAGACUGUCAGUAGCUUCCAAUGCGUUUAUUAUCGCGUUUUCAUCACAUUUUAUUCCCAAACUAGUUUAUAAGCUGAAGAUUUCUGGAGACCAUACCGAAGAUGGGUUUUUGGAGCACAGUUUGGCAUACUUCAAUACCUCGCACUUUCCUGCUGGCUCGGAGCCUGCCCAUCCAGCCUUUAACGUUUCUGUUUGUAGAUACAACGAAUACAGAAACCACUACAGCUUUGACGACGAGACUCGGUACAAAAGACCUCUGAUCUACUGGCACAUCCUGGCAGCACGUCUGGCCUUCAUCGUGGCUUACCAAAACUUGGUAAGCUUUGUGAUGACAGCUGUCCAAUGGAUGAUACCGGACAUCAGCAGGAAGCUGAACGACAGAAUCAAGCGGGAAGCCUACAGAACGAAUGAAAUAAUUAUUCACAAUGAAACUCAAAGGGCGAGACAAAGAAAGGAGUCCAUGAAAAAGAAGAAGAGGGAUUCCAUGAUGUCAACGUCUACCGUCUAUUACGAUGCCAUCAAUGGAGAUGUAGGCACUGAAGAAGAACCCGCACGAAGUGCAACGUAUUAUGAUAUUUAGCAAUAAUCGUUUAGAAUAAUUGUGAUUUUGUAUAAAAACGUGGCCUUUAACCUUGCCUUACUUCGCAGGGUAACUAGUCGAUUAUUAAAGGGGUUGAAGAAAGGCGAAAAUAGGGUAUUCAUCAUAUUAAUCAAAAGAUCAACAAUCUUGUUAAAUCAAAUUCUACGCUUGAAAUGGCUCAGAUGUACCAAUGUUACUGUAGCAAAUUUCGAAUAAUUCUCGAAUUCAUUCAACUAAAAUUAAUAUUUAUUUUAAAACAAACUUAUAGUUGAGCAUUAUUUGAAACAUUUUACGAUUGCGUAGACUUUUGAUUAUCUAUAGAUUUUGUUGUUUCAGAUCGCGCAGUUUUUACAAAGUAAAUGACAAUGUGUUUUAUAAAUAAGUUUUUAAGCACAAUUUGAUAUCUUAUGCGUACGCUGAAAAAAAUAUAUAUAUUUCGAAUAUUACAAGGAAAACGACGAUCUGGUAUUGUCUACUUACCCCUAUAUUCGUUAAUAUCAAUGUUAUUAUUUAUUAUGAAUUUUCGUUGAACAAUACAUAGACUGAGUACCUACUCAUUAAUUUUGUUAUGAUUGUAUAUGUAAACGGUGUUCUAUAAAGUUUUAUACUGAGAUAAUAUUCUCAAUUAAUAAAAUAUUAUCAUUUGUCCUCACACAGACCUUAAAAUCUAUAUAUAGAUGGUUAUGUUCUUCACUGAUAUGAUUUGUUGUCUCUUGCUCGCUUGAAUUGCAUAGAAACGCAUUAAUGUCUAGAUUUUUGAUCCACGAACUCUUCUUCCUAUAAUUUCGUAGUUUUUUAAAAUAAUAUUAAUAUUGUUCAACAACGCUUAGAGGUAUUUGCCAAUAUACUAAAUUUUUGAAGUUAUACUUUAGGCACGAGGGUGAAUUUUUACAUUCCCUGGCGCAUGCGCACACCGACAGUAUGGUAUUAGUUGCUACAUAUUUUAAGUUAUGUAGCGCAAAUAAGGUGUGCGUGAAAAGAAUAGGUAUAUUAUUAGUGUUUUUAGUAAAUAUAUUUAUUAUAAUUUUUCUGUCUGUGGAUUUGUCUUCCUCCUUAUAAGUAUUAUUGAAAAUGUUUAUUUUCAAUUAAUGUAUAUGUCACCAUGAUUGUAAUUAUGUCCGAGAAAUGAUCGACUGAAUACAAAAGCGGUGGUAGCUGAUCGGUAGAGCAUUCGCCUAGGGAUCGAGAGGUCCCCUGUUCGUAUCCCGGACAAAGUCAUAUAUCCUUUUUUUUUAUUUUUGUUAUUCUUUUUGUUCUUUCUUAAAUUAGUUUAAUAUUUAAAUAUAAUACAAAAAAACUGUUUAAAGUAGAUAGAUUGAUUUCGUUAAAAUCAUAAUAUGAAGUUAGACUAUAUUAUAAUAGAAGUAUAACUUCUUACGUGCGUACCUAGUACACACACAUUCUUUUUUUUUAUAUCGCUCCCCUCCCCGCCCCAAAGGGUAAGUUUUACUGAAAGCAUAGAUGCUUUCUGUAAUAUAUUCCAAUUGGAAACUUAUGCUACAGAUAAGUGCCUGUAGGUAGAAAUUUCUAUUGGGAAGGAAAAAGCGCACUACUUGCCAGAGUGACACCGUACCAACCUUUCGUUGGCACAGCCAGAAGCAAAACCUAAAGAACAAUAUUGGACUGGGUAUGUAACGGAUUAAACGUAACCACUGGCACGAAAAAAGGGUCUCAAAUAGUCGGAAGGCUUUUACGUCAACCUUCGAAGAAGAUAUCCAAAGACCUACUAUAAUUCUUUUCAUGAGCAUUUUUCAGUGCGUCACAAAUGAUAGAAAAAAAGAUAAGUCCGUGAUAAUAUACAUUUAUAACAUUUAUUCUAACAUGACAUUUUAGUUAAAUCUGACAGUUGUCACAUUUUAUUUGCAAUUUGGCAUAAAAACAAAUCAAUUGUGUUUAUUGCAUUUAUAAAAUGGUAUUUUCUUUGAUUUGUAUCGUCUUAUAAAUUGUACAGAUUACAUUCGUAGAUAUAUUAUAUAAUUCGUAAAUAUUUUUUUUCGAUUAUAGCGUCAUCUAUCGACAACUAGAAUAAAUGUUAUAAAUUUCUGUAAUCACAGACGUGCCUUUUUUCUGUCACAUACAAUUUAAUGCGUUAGAAAGAAAUCGAAAAACUGUGACGCACUGACAGAUGUCUAUGAGAAAAAUAUUACAUGAGAAUAGGAAUGAUAUGCGAAAUAAUUGUAGAUCACCUAACAAGACACUGUCGCUUCAAGGGACACAUGAACAAAAUUGGACUAUCAGAAAGUGCGAAUUGCAGAUUCUGUCAGGCUGAUGACGAGACGGUGGAACACGGCCUGCGCAUCACUGUAACUGCCAGGGUUGGAUAGGAUAAGGCUCAAUACAUUUGAGCAUUAUCAACUAGAGCCUACGACUUAGUAGAAGUGUCACCUAAGGCCAUAAUAAACUUGUUAAAAAGGAUGGACUGAAAGGACAACUUUAACCUAGGGAUGAGCCACAAUAGACCUCUCCUCCCCAAUUCUACCUAUUAGAAAAUAACUAUUCAAACUGGCCACAGUGCAUACGGUAUUACAAAUCAGAGACAUGGUAGGUACGGGACCCACUUCAGAUUAGCCAACAGAGAAACAAUAUUUAAAUGGUGAGAUAACGGGACAUGUUAUGUAGAGUAAAUGGCAAUAUAAGAAAUACCCAUGAACAUCUGUUGAAAACAUUAGUAAUAGUGCAAUUGUGUCUGAUUUGUUACAAACAAGAAUGCAACUUCCAAAUGUCAGUAUUUCACCUUUGGGUGCGCGGGUGCAAGUAGUGAGAGAGGUUUUGACACAUUUGACUUAGCGCACAAGCUUUAUUACUUUUAGUAAUUCUAGUAUUAUUUCUUAUUCUGUGGAGACUACUGAUGUAACGAAUGUCAUUUUUUUAACAUUCGCGGAUACGAAUGCGAAUAUCUGCUACUGACAUUCGCGAAUGCGGAUGCGAAUGCGAAUGUCCAGUUUUUUUUAAUUUGUUUCUAUUUUGUAAUGUUUCCUAAAUUUUUAAUGAAAAGUUAAUUGAUAUUUAGUGUAAAUCAAUCUGAAUCUUAAGCUUUAUUCCAUAAUACCAAAUAAUAAAAAAAAGUGAAGGCUGAUAAUGUGAUUAUACAAGGUUAAGUUCUAUCUAUCUACUGCCCUUCAUUUGUCCAAAGUUGAACGUAGGCCUCCCCCUUACUUUUCCACUCUUCUCGGUUCAGUGCUAAUGCUGUCGAUCUGGUCGCUGCGUAUCUGUUUAGGUCAUUCGACCAUCUCGUCUGUGGUCUGCCCCUUCCUCUUUUGUAGUUCCAAGGUCUCCAGUGAGUUAUCGCUUCAUUCCAUCUUCCGUCUCUUUGUCUGCUGUUGUGUCCUGCAUAUCUCCAUUUGAGAGUAGCUGCAUGUUUGAGGUUAAGUUACCUUUUCUUAAUAAAAAAAGAUGAGAAGUGAAUAGAUUUUGAUUUUAUUAACCUAAUAUUAUCUUAAAAUUAUUUUUUUCUGGUUUUCAUAUUCGCAAAACAUUCGCACAAAUUUUGCGAAUGCGGAUGCGAAUAUGCAAAAACAUGCGAAUAUUCGCGAAUGCGAAUGCGAAUACGAAUAUUCGUUACAUCACUAGUGGAGACUUGUAUAAUAAAACUUAUUUCACUGUAUAAAACUUUUUAGACCGGCUCCUUCUUGUAAAUUAUUAGCAAUUCUUCUGUUAAAAGUAGUACUGAUCACAUUUUACGUACUUUUAGACAGUACUAACACUAACACUCUUGUUAUAUUUACUUUUUUAUUUACUUUGAUUUUACUUACUUAUUUAAUUUUAUUAACAUGUUGCGGGUAGCCACAUUCUCUUGUUAAAUAUUAAAUAUUUAUUGACAGGGCAACUGGACAACUGCCAACUAAACCAUAUUAUCUCCAAAACUAUUAUACUUAAGUUGGUAUAAGUUGGCAGUUCGUGCAGAUCCUGUAAGAGUGUAUUUUAUAGUAAAUGUUAGAGAAUAGUAUUUAAUGUUGUUAUUAAUGUUAAUGAAUUAUUGAAACUGAAAUAAUAUAUUAACUGAAUUAUAUGGUUAUUAGGUAAAUAUUUCGAAAAAUAAUGAUCUAUGAGUGAUUUUUGCAUAAUUUUUCAUCAAAAUAUUGUAACAAAUACUCUCAAACGAAAUCUAACUUACAGGUGGAUGAUUUUAACAGUUAUGAGUUAGUUUCUGACUAAUACGACUAUUCUAUUUUCAGCAAGACCAAGAUUGCAAAAUUUGAUUUAGCAGAACCGGACUUACAGCCAUUUAUUCAUAACAAGGUUCCCACUCACCCCCACCUUUUAUUUGCAAAGGUAGACUUAAACUUGUGAAAUCAAAUAUGCGCAGAAUUUUAUGAAAAAUACGAUGAUCGAAUUUCCAGUGCCUCUUCAUUGGGAAAAUUUUGUAAAAUUUAGAUUUUUUAAUUUUUGAUAUUCAAUUACGCCCUCUAACGGUGGACCCACAAUUUUUUUGGGCAACUUUUGUUAUAAAAUUUUUUUUCUUAUAGCUGUACUAUAAACGAUUCUUGAGAUAUGGCCGAGAGCCAUUCUUAUUGGGACACCCGGUACAUCUGUGUAUCAGAAAGGGAAUGAGUGUUGAAUUUUAAGAAUGUUAAUUUUUAGCGAUAAGAACAUUUUUGUAUUAAAUAGCUCGUUGGGAAGGAGCUGCACAUUAUGAAAUAAAUAAUGAAUUUGACAGUUUGUGGCUAAUUUCAAAAAGAAUAUUUGAUAAACGCUGGCAAGUCACAAUGAAACAAUUUUGGAAUAUUGUUUAACAUUAGUUCAUUAUUUUUCUAUUUAUGUAUUUUUUUUUUUUAAUUUUAAGUUUAUUAUUUAUUUAGCAUAUUAGUCAAUUAUUUGGUAGUUUCAGUGUUAAAAAUAACGUUCAAUACUACUAGUGCCUAAAGUCGAACAGUAAAUAAUUAUUUUAUUCAGUUGAGACAAAUAAAACAGCCAUUUCUUUUAGGUUUGGUUUUCUUUGGAUUCCUCUCAAAACAAACUGUUUUUGACGUUUCAAUCAAUCUUUAGCGGUCCCUAGAGGUGGAUAUUAGCAUUAAUAUGUAGCACAAACAUUGUUAUUGUGCAAUAAUACUGAAUAUAAUAGGUUUGUUCCAACCCGUCACAUUACCGUUCUUGAAUGGUUACGCGUAUGCGCAGUAACACAUUUUCGUUACUGCGCAUACUCGUAACCAUUAAGACCGGUAAUUGUGACGGGUUGGAACAAACCUUAUGAGAACAAGAAGUAUAUUCUCAAUCAGGAUUUGGUAUUUAUUGUUAAUAUAUAGGGAAACAAAGACGAACUAAGAUUUGUUUUAGACUAUACCCAGGAGUAUCACAGAUUGCAAGUAUUGUUAACUGUCACUAGGAAGGAUUAGAGCAAUAGAAUUUAAAAAAUUAACUACUCUCCUUUUUUAUUUUGUGCUAUAACUAAUAUUGUAAUGGUCACAUAACUUCUUGCCUGCAAAUUGACAGUCAAAAUGAUUGUGUAAUAUUUUUGUGCGCUAUAUUCUUUGUUUAGGGGCCGCAUUAGAUAAAUUAACCACUUUGUCAAGUCAUAGUUUAAUAUGUGUUAGUCUUGAUGUUUAUUUUUUCUUCUUUUUCGUCAUUAAAAUAGGGAAACACAAUUUGAUGUAAUUAGUACAAAAAGCAAUACAAGGAAUUCAUACACAAAGUAGGAAUAUUAGAAGGAUUAGUAUUUUCAAAAUCGGAAAAAUAAUUAAAGAGGGAAUGCAGAACAGCUAAAUCGCCAGGCACUUGUUUGUAAGGGACUUCUAAAGCACAAUUUAAUUACUGCUUUUGUACAUUGUAAUUGUUUGUAUAAUAAAAGAUUGUCUAAUUAUAUUCUCACAUUUUGAUAUUUACUGUCUAUAUAAAGAAAAAAAGAGAAAAGUAAUUUGUAUAUUGAGUAUAUUGAGGUGUAUAGCAUUUUGGUUAUAAUGCCAUGAUUGGAUUAAAUAAAAUUAGACCCAUCGAAAUUAUUGUGCAAUUAUUUUUACGGUUCAAAAAGGGAAAAUUAAAGUAAAGAUAAUAGAAAGUAACCCUUCCAUCACUUUAAAGGCCCUCCAUGGGACACUUCAAUUCAGGUGUUACUUUUUAGUUGACAUUGCUAUCAAACUAUUGCAAAAUUGUGCAAUAAUUAUGACAGUCGUAUACACUUACUAUAUUUUCUCACUCAGAUUUAGAUAUUUAUUAUUAAUAUAAAGGGAAAACAUAUAUUUCAUGUAAGUGUAUAUUUCAGUUUUCUAGCAUUAUGGGAUUUGAAAAGCAAAGAUUAUAGCAAUAAUAUAAAAUGUACUAUAAGUACAUCUUUUUUAUUGAUUUUAUCAUAAGUCAUAAUACAAUGCUCACAUAAAUAACAUGGUACCUCGUGUAGGCUGAUUAUCAAACUGACAAUACUAUAAAAGUAUUGUGAAAUAUAUUUGUGCAAUAUAUUGAUCAAAAUAUUGUUCGUCUAGGGACUGCUUUAGGUAAACAUACGACUGUAUCAAAUUGUAUGAUAAAUUUUUUUUUCAAUAAACUAUGGAAACUUACUCUUUUAUAGUACAAACAGGAAUAUGAACUUUUAAUAGCUGUAAAAGGGUUAAAGUAAACCCUCCAGGCACUGUAAAGUUUAAAUGGUACUAAGUAGUAAAAAUAUUGCACAAUUAUGGAUAUUAUGAAAUAUAAUAUUCUUUUUAUCAGACUUUCAUAUUUAUUGUAAAUAUAAAGGGAAAACAAAUCACAACAUUUAUUUUAGAAUAUAUUGAGGUAUAUCACAGUUUACCAUGAUAAUAGAAUGUCAAAGCAAAUAAUUAUUGCCAUAGAAUAAAAGAAAAAAAUAUAUUCCUUAUAUUUUCUACGUAUGUAUAUGAUAUAACUAAUAAUGAAAUACUCGAUUAACUUAAACAAUGUAACUUGCAAGUUAACUUUUAAAAUAUUUGUGCAAUAAUUUUGUGCCAUCUAUUGAUCUUAAUGUUAAAGAUGUAGGAUCCCCUUUAGAGAAAUAUUGUACCUACUGUGUUAACUCAUAUAUUAAUCGAAACGUCAAUAUUGCUAUCAAUUUAUUGCACAAUUAUUGGCUAUUGUGCAAUAAUAGUUGCAGUUGUGUUGAUAUUAAAGCUUCUUUUAUAAUUUGCGUUCUAUUUUGAUCGACGUUGAAUAAAUUUAAUCUAGCAUCCACUAAAUUCUCUAGACAAUUAUUAUGAUGAUUACUAUGAUGUUUAUUUUCUCUAGUGUACUAUAGUACUUUUCAACGCUUCUCAUUUGUUUCGAGCUUCUGUCAUAUGUCGUAUAAUCCGUGUAUAAUAUUAAUAUACGAUAUAUGACAGGAGCUCGAAACAAAUGAGAAGCGUUGAAAAGUACUAUUACUAAGCAACAAGAAAAAUGAAAAGAAUAUGGAAUAUGCACUUAUAGAGUUAUAAAAUGGUUUGAUUGAUAUUUGUAUAGAAUAAUGGUUCAAUCCAACAAACUGGUACAUGGAUUGUUUAAAAACUUAAAAGAGUAGUCUUAACAGCUUGAUUUAAAUCCAAAAUGGUCACUAGAAACACAAAAUGAUUUUGUUGAGUCUUUUUUAUAGACUUUUUUUAUAAUAAGUAUAAGAAAUAAGCAACAAUCGCCAAUAUAUUUUUUAAAGUCUACUCUUUUUAGUUUGUAAAGAAUCCAGAAUCUCAUUACAUAUAUAUUUUUAUAUAAACUACAGUUUUAUGUUAAUCGUACUUAUGAUCUGACAAUUUUGCAUUUACUUUUGUAUUGCUAAUUGGAUGAGGUUUUUAUACAACUUUAAAUUUUAAUAAAAUGUUUUAAUAAAA